AUGAAUGCAAAAUCAUUAGAUUCUUCAUUAUUUGUUAGCUGUGCCUCUCCAACAACUACGUAUGAUCAUGAUGCAAGCCCUAUUUGGACAACGCCUAAAGAUGAUAAUAUAGCCACAGACUCGCAUUCUCCAUAUUAUUCACCAGUUUGUGAAUCUUUGGAUAUUGAGUCUGUGAACGCAGAUGAUUCAAAAUCUGAUGUCAGUGACUUUGAAGAAAAGGAUGAUUAUAAAUUUAAAAUUGUAGAACAUUCACUUCCAGAUGAAAUUGUAGAACAUUCAUCUCUAGAAGAUACACUAAUGUGUAAAAUAAUACAGUUCCUAACACAUGUAAUGUACAUAGAAAAAGUUGUAUUAUUAAUUUUUCUUCUCCUCCUUCUUUAG